AUGACUCAAAUUACGACCCCAGUCAAUAUCGGUCGAUGCGCCCUGAAACACCGCGUCGUAAUGGCGUCCUUGACGAGACUGAGAUCUGACAACCAUGUACCAAUAGAUGUCAUGGUUGACUAUUACUCGCAAAGAGCUUCAGUGCCCGGAACCCUACUCAUAACUGAAGCUACGUUUGUCUCGGAAAAGUCGCGCGGUCGGGACGAGCACGCGCCAGGAGUAUAUACUCAAGAGCAGGUCAAUGCAUGGAAGCGUGUAACAGACGAGGUCCACAAGAAGGGUUCAUAUAUCUUCAUGCAGCUUUGGCAUGUCGGACGAGCAGCUCGCCAGCAGGUUCUAGACAAGGCUGGCCUGGAAAUGGUCAGCAGCAGUGAUGUUCCCAUCGAUUCUGAAUCCCCUAAGCCUCGACCCUUGACUGAAGACGAGAUCUGGGAGUGCGUCAAGUCGUUCGCCACUGCAGCUAGAAACGCUAUUGAAGCUGGUUUUGAUGGCGUUGAAAUUCAUGCUGCCAACGGAUAUCUGAUCGAUCAGUUCACACAAGAUCCUUGUAACAAAAGGACCGACAAAUGGGGCGGAAGUGUCGAAAAUCGCUCACGGUUUUGCCUCGAAGUAGCCAAAGCUGUGUCAAAAGAUAUUGGGCCAGACAGAACCGGUAUUAGGUUGUCGCCUUUCAGCACCUUUCAAGGCAUGAGGAUGGAAGAUCCAGAACCACAAUUCACUCAUCUCAUUUCGGAACUGAAGCCUCUCGACCUUGCUUACCUUCAUCUGAUUGAGCCUCGGAUUGCUGGAAACAUGGACAAAGUCGUAGACGACGACAAAGAGAGUCUCGACUUUGCUCUUGACGUAUGGGCGAAAUCAGGACCUGUUGUUCUUGCAGGAGGAUACACAGCCGAAAAGGCAAACAAAGCGCUCGAGACACGAUUCAAGGACGACGCAGUAGCGUUUGCUUUUGGAAGACACUUCAUUUCCAAUCCCGACUUGCCGUUUAGGCUUGCUAAUGAGGUUCCUCUCACUCAUUACAAUAGGGACACAUUUUAUAAGGUUAAGAGCCCUGAUGGGUACACCGAUUAUCCCUACAGUGAGGCGUGGACAGAGCAACAGAGAAUCUAG